AUGAAGUUCUCCAAGCUACAAGUCCUGCCCUGUCUCGCUUUCGGGCAGCUCUGCGCGUCCACCGCCAUCGACGUCCGCGAGCUCGCCCCGCGAGCCGAUGCUUUCCGCGACAACUAUGGAAGCAACAUGUGUCUCCAGGUCAGCUGCGACGCAAUGGUCUGCGCCGAGAGUCCCGAAGAUGCCCUCGCCGUGGCCUCCUCGGGAGUCAGUCUGAUCGUGGGCCCCGACUGCACCGGGUGGCAAGAAGGCACUCUCAAGGAGGUCUCACCCGGAACGAACGAGAAGACCUGCCCUGAAGGACGCAAACUAUAUCAGGGUACUCUGAUGGUGUACCGAGCUUGGAACAACGUCACCAAGAAGAAGAAUUUCAAGACCGAGUUUGUCGAGUGGGAGGAUUUCAAGGGCGCCCAGUGCCACGGCACGAAGGAUGUCAAGUGUCAGAAAGAUGGAAUCAAGAUGGCCCCCGACCCUAACGCCCGUGUGUGUGUGCCGUGGGGUUUGUAA